AUGCAAUAUCUUCUUCCCUUAUAUAUCUUGGCAGCCACCAUUUGUACUAUCCACGCUGCUCCAGUGGAUGUUUCAGAACCUGAGAAAAGAGAAGUAACCGCUUCACAGGCUGCAUCUAGCGCCUAUGCUUCUCUUCAAUGGUCUUCUGUGAAAGAUUCCAAUUUUGGUUCUGCUUCAAAUUUUCACACUUAUUCUAAAGACCUGAACCCAAUUCGUGGUGUCAAUCUUGGUGGUUGGUUGCUUCUUGAGCCUUGGAUCAAUACCGAUUUAUUUAGCACUGCUAAUUUCGGAAGUAAUUCAAUUCCUGCUGAUGAAUUCAACUUCGUGAACACUCUUGGUUACGCCAAAGCCGGUAAUCUUCUUGAAGCUCACUAUGCCAGCUGGAUCACCCAGUCUGAUUUUGCCACUAUGAAAUCUUAUGGCUUGAACGCUGUCCGUAUUCCAAUUGGUUAUUGGGCUUGGAAACUUAUGUCUACCGAUAAGUUUUAUCAAGGGUCCCAAGUGACUUAUCUUGAAAAGGCAAUUAGCUGGGCGAAAGCUGAAGGAAUGUAUGUAUGGAUUGAUGUGCAUGGCUCUCCAGGCUCUCAAAAUGGGUAUGAUUCAUCUGGUCACAAGAACUUUCACGACUGGAAUGGGUAUGACAACAUUGAUCAAACCAAGGAAGUUCUCAAUUACGUUUUUGCUAAAUAUGGUGGCGAAACCUAUGCUGACACUGUUAUUGGUAUUGAGCUUGUUAAUGAGCCUCUUGUUGGCGGUACUGGCGGUGUUACCCAAGAUUUCCUUAGUGGAUUUUACUCUGAUGUUAUCAGUUCUGUCAGAAACACUAUUGGUUCUCAUCAAAAUAUCAUUCUUCAAGACGGUUAUGUUUCCCAAGGUGCAUGGGCUGGUAAAUCUUACAACAGUGAUUCCAAAAUCAUGUAUGACACCCAUUUGUACAUGUUAUACAAUGACUAUCUCAAGAAUUUGAAUUUUGAAGAAAAGAUUUCCCAAGUAUGUUCCUGGGGUACCCAAAUUGCCGCUCUUAGUUAUAAAGAAAUGGUUGGCGAAUUCACUGCUGCUUUCGAUGCUGACAGCAAUUCCGUAUACACCAAGACUAUCAAUAACUGGAGCGCUUCUGACAAAUCCACCAUCAGUCGUUUUGUUCAAGCAGAGUUCAACGCUUUUGAAAAAGGUUAUGGUUGGUUCUUCUGGAACUGGAAAAUGGGUAAUUCCGAUCAAUGGGAUUUCCAAAAAUUGGUUCAAAAUGGUGUUAUUCCAAAUCCAGUUUCUAAGAGAACAUAUUCUGACUGUAAGUGA